AUGAAUGAACAAUCAAGCCGUACAUUAAUUCUGAGUGGCUGUAAUUAUUAUUUAUGUUCCAACGCUGUUUCCUGUCUCAUCACAGCCACGUCCAAUGGGACCCUGGAGGGUCUAGAGAACAGGGAAGGAGGUGUCUGCAACACCCUCUCCAUGAAGAUCGUCAUGAAAGUGGGCCAGGGUAAGUAAGCGUCUCGAUGCGGGCUGGCAGGAAUGCCAGAAAAGCAGUAAAAGGCAGUCACAAUAGAGCCAGGCAGGAUAUAACUAUGGAUGAUUGAUAAUGAAAGCUUUGUAUGGGGACUGUCAUGACUGCAGUGCAAGAGGAGCGUUUCAUGAGCUAUUGUUCAUAAAGCCAGACACCCCGGGCGUGGGUUUUUACAGUGGGAUACUCCACUCCGCUGCUCACAGUGUGUGGCGAGUCGCCCAGUGACUUCAUCGCUCAUAAAAUAAGGGCCUCAGACAUCACAUUUCACUCCAUUCUUUACUUUUCUUUUUUGAGAAGGGAAAGAUGAAACAAAGAAAAGCUAUUGUGCAAAUACAGACAGAGACACACUGAAACACUUUCUCACACAUACCAAAAGAACUCACUCACACAAUAAGAAAAUAAAAGCUGUGGAAAACAUUGAGGACAUUCCAUAGAGCAUGCUACAGACUACCUGUUGUCCUGUUACUUAGACUGUCUGUUGGUCUAGCAUGAAUGAGAUUGCUUUGCCUGAAGAGCCCAGGUUUCUCACUGUCACUCUCUUAAAUGUAAACUUUGUCUCUCACAGUGUCACAAACUCAAAUAAGUGUUGAUAUUGUUAUCCAAAUUAGGAAAAGGUUCUACAUGGAACCCAAAAGAGUUCUGCUUGGAACCAAAAUAGGUUAUUUAAAGUGUUCUGCUAUGGGGACAGCCAAAUAACCCUUUUAGGUUCUAGAUAGCACCUUUUUUUCGAAGAGUGUAGCUAGGUCUCUAAAGAGACCUUUGCUUGGCCUGGCGUCAUGCUAGGAGUGGCAGGGUCAGUCUUAAUCACUGCCCUAGUCCACACAUCCAAAACAAACAAACCACAAAGGGAGGGUCUGCCGAUAAGAGUCUUAUUCUACAGAUAGGGGCUGUUACCGUAUAGGCUAGGGAUUAUUUGUAUAGCUGACCUUAGAUAAUAAUUAUCAUAGUUGGCUUGACAUUCCUUUUGUCUUUCUCAAGACUUGUUUGCGUAAAGCUGUGUUUAAUACACAGGAUACCCACUAUGUUAGGAGCUAGGAAACAGUAAAAAGAUUAUAGAUGUCAUUAACUUUGCUGUCUUGUGUAGGUAGUUACGGUUGGAAUUCAACAGUUUAUUUCUUUAGGAUUUGGAGCAAUGACGUUACCGACCCUAGGUCAUAGUACAUUCAUCUGCGUGUUUGCUGAAGGAUUGGGUCUUAUUUUCAGCCACUGAGUCAUAGCAACUCUGUUGCCACAAAUAUUGUAGACACCGAGAAACGGUUUACAAACAAUAAAGUAAGGAGGAAACAGUAUCGUCUCUUUGUUUUUAUUACACCGACUCAUCCAGGGCAACGGUCACUAAAGUAUGAUUGUAAACAACACACAAAGUAACAUGAACAAACAUUAUAUUAUUAGAAGAGGAUAAUACAGUAAGCUAUGUACUGUUUUGUUUUAAAAAAUGUAACAUUCCUAUAUUUUUCAUGGAGAGAACUGCCUUUGUUAACAAAAAUGGCAAUGAUUGGAGACGAUCAUAUUACCAAUAUCUGGAUAUGUAACAACAGACUGUGUCAAUCUGCUGAUGCACUUCCUCAUACUGAGUCUCUCUUGUAUUACUACACACUGAUAUUUAAUUUAUUGAUUUGUAUAUGAACAUUGAAUUUUAUGCAAUUAUAAGAUGACUAUUCACCCAUGAAAUGAGAUGGUGUGGCACCGUAUGCUGGUUAGUUUAAAUGGAGGCUGAUGGCUUUGAUGGCCUCUCUCUUAUCUGCAGCCAAAGCUUUUACAAUGUUAGUAUAAUGAGCAAGAGCAAGGCCUGUGGAUGUUUGAAACUCAGCUGAAUUGACCACGUUUAUAUUAAUAUGGGGUGUGAAAUGUCUUUUAGAAAACAAGCUGUCAUGUUAAAAUGUGUGAUAUUGUCUUUGGGAUGGAGAUUCUUUAGUGGUUGUUUACAGACCCAUUUGUUGUGCUGCACAUUAGAAACCAGCACUCAGCAGUAGCAGACACCACACCACCAACACGUCUGGAACAGUAGUUGUCUUAACUGUAAUCAAACAGACAAAUUGAGGGUGCAGUUUAGGUUAUACAUAGCACACUGUAGCAGCAAUAUGAGCUGGUUUAAAAUAAUGAAUAUCAGUAGCUAUGCUUUUAUAAAUACUGUGUUAACAACCAAAGAGACACACAGCAUUCCGGUCAUAGACCUCCAUUAGGGCUCUUAAAAAUGCCAUUCUAACAAUAGAACAAUUGGACAUUUAGAAUAUUUUCUACAAACUAUUAAAGUAAAAUAAUUCCAAGAUCUCAAAGUUCUCUUGGGAGGAGGGGCAGUAAAACCUCAUAUGCACACUUCAAUGAUAUUCCAAUCAAUUAAAUCUCCCUUAAUGCCAGUGUAUCCACUUCUGCAUGGCAUUGAUGGGACUCAGGGGAACCAUGAAAAAAGUGACUAAUGCAUUUUUGGCAGGAGACAAGUUACAUUAUUUCUUAUAGCUUAAUUUGGCAAGGUAUAGCAUAUACUGUCAUGUAUGCCUCACAAUUUAUAUUCGUUGGCUCUAAUUAUGACAUCAUGACUUGUCCGUAUUUAAUAUGAAAAGUGUGCCAACGACUACUUUGAUGAAAUUGGGGUCAAAGGAACUGAUAACUAUGGCUCCCAUUCCAAACUCCAUUUCAAAUCUUUAUUGGAAAAUGAUACUAAAAGGUUUACACGUUGGAAUCUAACUCUGUUGACUUUCUUCAUCCAAAUUGCAGACCCGAACACAGUUGUACCGGACCCAGUGAUAACAGACAAGCCAAGCCAAGAGCAUGACAACACUGUGAAGGAGACAACCACCAGCCCAAAUAAGAAGAAGGGGGGCAGUGGUGGGGCCGUGGAGCCAGGCAACAAAGGUGAGGAUGCUCAGACUUAUGGGAAAAGGAAUAUUUGCCUCAGUAUGACCCCUGUUUCCCUGUUUUGUGUUCUAGUCCUCAUUAUCAGUGUUCAAGAUUGGACUGUAACCCUUCAAUGCCAAAAGGUCAUGGUUUUGCUUCUAAUACUGUAUCCCACACUUGAAACCUUUGUUAGUGCAUUUUCUAAGUACAAUGCUUCCCCACGUCCGCCACACACACACACACACACUCUCUCACAGUCCAGAGGAGGCUGGUGGGAGGAGCAAUAAAUCAAAUCGAAUCCAACCAAAUGUUAUUUGUCACAUGCGCCGAAUACAACACCUUACAGUGAAAUGCUUACUUACAAGCCCUUAACCAACAAUGCAGUUUUAACAAAAAUAAGUGUUAAGUAAAAAAUGGAUCAGUAAAAAAUAAAUAAUAAUAAUUUCAUAAUAAUUAUUAAAGAGCAGCAGUAAAAUAACAGUAGCGAGGCUAUAUAAAGGAGGUACCGGUACAGAGUCAAUGUGGGGGCACAGGUUAGUCGAGGUAAUUGAGUUAAUAUGUAGGUAGAGUUAAAGUGACUAUGCAUAGAUAAUAAACAGAGAGUAGCAGCAGUGUAAAAGAGGCAAUGCAAUGCAUAGUCCGGGUAGCCAUUUGAUUAGCUGUUCAGGAGUCUCAUGGCUUGGGGGUAGAAGCUGUUAAGAAGCCUUUUGGACCUAGACUUGGUGCUCCGGAACCGCUUGGUGUGCGGUAGCAGAGAGAACAGUCUAUGACUAGGGUGGCUGGAGUCUUUGACAAUUAUUAGGGCCUUCCUCUGACACCGCCUGGUAUAGAGGUCCUGGAUGGCAGGAAGCUUGGCCCCAGUGAUGUACUGGGCCGUACACACUACCCUCUGUAGUAAAUUGCAGUCGGAGGCCGAGCAGUUGCCAUAACAGGCAGUGAUGCAACCAGUCAGGAUGCCCUCAAUGGUGCAGCUGAAUAACUUUUUGAGGAUCUGAGGACCCAUGCCAAAUCUUUUCAGUCUCUUGAGGAGAAAUAGGCUUUGUCGUGCCCUCUUCACGACUGUCUUGGUGUGUUUGGACCAUGAUAGUUUGUUGGUGAUGUGGACACCAAGGAACUUGAAGCUCUCAACCUGCUCCACUACGGUCCUCCUUUUCCUGUAGUCCACAAUUAUCUCCAUUGUCUUGAUCACGUUGAGGGAGAGGUUGUUAUCCUGGCACCACAUGGCCAGGUCUCUGACCUCCUCCCUAUAGGCUGUCUCAUCGUUGUCGGUGAUCAGGCCUACCACUAUUGUGUUGUCGGCAAACUUAAUGAUGGUGUUGGACUCGUGCCUGGCCAUGCAGUCAUGGGUGAACAGGGAGUACAGGAGGGGACUGAGCACGCACCCCUGAGGGGCCCCCGUGUUGAGGAUCAGCGUGGCAGAUGUGUUGUUACUUACCCUUAUCACAUGGGGGCGGCCCGUCAGGAAGUCCAGGAUCCAGUUGCAGAGGGAGGUGUUUAGUCCCAGGGUGCGUAGCUUAGUGAUGAGCUUUGAGGGCACUAUGGUGUUAGGAGGACAAACGUAUUGUAAAGACAGGAAACUAAUAAAUGGAACAGUACCAAACACAUCAAACAUAUGGAAACCACAUUUGACCGCUCCAUUUAUUCCAUUCAAGCCAUUACAAUAAGCCUGUCCUCCUAUAGCUCCACCCACCAGCCUCAGUUUCGCACGCAUGCACAAACACACACAAAAGUAUUAUAUUUUUCCAUUUUGGUUUGAGAUACUUUUUAAUUAUGCUGAGUAGUAUUGUGGAUAGAUAGACACAGUGUUCAAGUGUGGAAAUGAAAAAUUAAAACCAUAUCUGCUCGGCUGAGAUCUAGCCGCAGAUAAGAUUAUCAGGGACUAUUAAAUCCAUCAGCAGGGUUUCUGCACAUUAGAUAUACAGUGGCUUGUGAAAGUAUUCGCCCCCUUGGCAUUUUUCCUAUUUUUUUUGCCUUACAACCUGGAAUUAAAAUGGAUUUUUUGGGGGUUUGUAUCAUUUGAUUUACACAACAUGCCUACCACUUUGAAGAUACACAUUUUUUUUCUUGUGAAACAAACAAGAAAUUAGACAAACAAAACAUUGUCCUGCUGGAAGGUGAACCUCCGUCCCAGUCUCAAAUCUCUGGAAGAUUGAAACAGGUUUCCCUCAAGAAUUUCCCUGUAUUUAGCGCCAUCCAUCAUUCCUUCAAUUCUGACCAGUUUCCCAGUCCCUGCCGAUGGAAAAACAUCCUCACAGCAUGAUGCUGCCACCACCAUGCUUCACUGUGGGGAUGGUAUUCUCGGGGUGAUGAGAGGUGUUUGGUUUGCGCCAGACAUAGCGUUUUCCUUGAUGGACAAAAAGCUGUGUUUGCUUAUUUCUUUCUUUAAGCAAUGGCUUUUUUCUGGCCACUCUUCCGUAAAGCCUAGCUCUGUGGAGUGUACGGCUUAAAGUGGUCCUAUGGACAGAUACUCCAAUCUCCGCUGUGGAGCUUUGCAGCUCCUUCAGGGUUAUCUUUGGUCUCUUUGUUGCCUCUCUGAUUAAUGCCCUCCUUGCCUGGUCCGUGAGUUUUGGUGGGCGGCCCUCUCUUGGCAGGUUUGUUGUGGUGCCAUAUGGUGCUCCGUAUGAUGUUCAAAGUUUCGUAUAUUUUUUUACAACCCAACCCUGAUCUGUACUUCUCCACAACUUUGUCCCUGACCUGUUUGGAGAGCUCCAUGGUCUUCACGGUGCCACUUGCUUGGUGGUGCCCCUUGCUUAGUGGUGUUGCAGACUCUGGGGCCUUUCAGAACAGGUGUAUAUAUACUGAGAUCAUGUGACAGAUCAUGUGACACUUAGAUUGCACACAGGUGGACUUUAUUUAACUAAUUAUGUGACUUCUGAAGGUAAUUGGUUAUACCAUAUCUUAUUUAGGGUCUUCAUAGCAAAGGGGGUGAAUACAUAUGCACGCACCACUUUUCCAUUAUUUAUUUUUUAUUAAAGAGAAUUACAAGUAAUUUUUUUCACUUCACCAAUUUGGACUAUUUUGUGUAUGUCUAUUACAUGAAAUCCAAAUAAAAAUCCAUUUAAAUUACAGGUUGUAAUGCAACAAAAUAGGGAAAACGCCAAGGGGGAUGAAUACUUUUGCAAGGCACUGUAUCCAUUUGUAUUUGUUUUGCUAUGGUUUCAGUCACCAGAACAGUAUUUUUUCACAGGGAGGCAGAAAAUGCUGAAGUUUACAUAGGUUUAGAAAGUGAUUUGGGCCCUAGAGUUCUGGCUCUGCUGCAGGACAAAUAAAAUGGCCUUCCCUCUCAUCCUGGAAAGCUGCCAGGUCUCACAUAGUAGGGUUUUCUUUCAAUGUGAAGGUUUGGCAGUCAUCUUUCUUGAGAGCUUUUAUCAAGCUGCUUCUUCUGCCAAUCAUUCAAUCGAUGGAAAGAUACAAUGUUGUUUUGCCUCUGUAAUACAAAGAGGUAAUACCUCUUUUUAAUUUGUAUGCACAUUUUUUCCUGAGGUCUUUGGAAGCAGAAAAGGUGUGAGGAAAGCACAUUAUAAUAACACGUACAGUCAUUCAUGCUCAGCAUCUAAAUUAAACUGGGUAGAGAGAUAGCCAGAAUAGAUUUCUAUAAAUUAUUCAGAACAUUCUGAAGUGUUGGCAUGGGUCUACAGUUAGGUGCAAAUGUGAAAAUUAGUUCACCCAGAAGUCAUUUGAAUAAUUCUAGUGUUUCAGAAUCGUUCAGGUGAUCUUGAGGAAAGCUAAUGUUCUGUGUCACGAUAACGUCCUCUCACUCAUUAACCGACAGGAAGUCUUGACUUCAUUAAUAUGAGCGAGAACAAACUAGUCUUUUUUCACACAUACAGUGAGGGGAAAAAAGUAUUUGAUCCCCUGCUGAUUUUGUACGUUUGCCCACUGACAAAGACAUGAUCAGUCUAUAAUUUUAAUGGUAGGUUUAUUUGAACAGUGAGAGACAGAAUAACAACAAAAAAAUCCAGAAAAACGCAUGUCAAAAAUGUUAUAAAUUGAUUUGCAUUUUAAUGAGGGAAAUAAGUAUUUGACCCCUCUGCAAAACAUGACUUAGUACUUGGUGGCAAAACCCUUGUUGACAAUCACAGAGGUCAGACGUUUCUUGAAGUUGGCCACCAGGUUUGCACACAUCUCAGGAGGGAUUUUGUUCCACUCCUCUUUGCAGAUUUCGAGGCUGACGUUUGGCAACUCGAACCUUCAGCUCCCUCCACAGAUUUUCAAUGGGAUUAAGGUCUGGAGACUGGCUAGGCCACUCCAGUACCUUGUGCUUCUUCUUGAGCCACUCCUUUGUUGCCUUGGCCGUGUGUUUUGGGUCAUUGUCAUGCUGGAAUACCCAUCCACGACCCAUUUUCAAUGUCCUGGCUGAGGGAAGAGAUUUGACGGUACAUGGCCCCGUCCAUCGUCCCUUUGAUGCGGUGAAUUUGUCCUAUCCCCUUAGCAGAAAAACACCCCCAAAGCAUAAUGUUUCCACCUCCAUGCUUGACGGUGGGGAUGGUGUUCUUGGGGUCAUAGGCAGCAUUCCUCCUCCUCCAAACACGGCGAGUUGAGUUGAUGCCAAAGAGCUCCAUUUUGGUCUCAUCUGACCACAACACUUUCACCCAGUUCUCCUCUGAAUCAUUCAGAUGUUCAUUGGCAAACUUCAGACGGCCCUGUAUAUGUGCUUUCUUGAGCAGGGGGACCUUGCGGGCGCUGCAGGAUUUCAGUCCUUCACGGCGUAAUGUGUUACCAAUUGUUUUCUUGGUGACUAUGGUCCCAGCUGCCUUGAGAUCAUUGACAAGAUCCUCCCGUGUAGUUCUGGGCUGAUUCCUCACCGUUCUCAUGAUCAUUGCAACUCCACGAGGUGAGAUCUUGCAUGGAGCCCUAGGCCGAGGGAGAUUGACAGUACUUUUGUGUUUCUUCCAUUUGCGAAUAAUCGCACCAACUAUAGUCACCUUCUCACCUAGCUGCUUGGCGAUGGUCUUGUAGCCCAUUCCAGCCUUGUGUAGGUCUACAAUCUUGUUCCUGAGAUCCUUGAAGCACUCUUUGGUCUUGGCCAUGGUGGAGAGUUUGGAAUCUGAUUGAUUGAUUGCUUCUGUGGACAGGUGUCUUUUAUACAGGUAACAAGCUGAGAUUAGGAGCACUCCCUUUAAGAGUGUGCUCCUAAUCUCAGCUCGUUACCUGUAUAAAAGACACCUGGGAGCCAGAAAUCUUUCUGAUUGAGAGGGGGUCAAAUACUUAUUUCCCUCAUUAAAAUGCAAAUCAAUUUAUAUCAUUUUUGACAUGCGUUUUUCUGGAUUUUGUUGUUGUUAUUCUGUCUCUCACUGUUCAAAUAAACCUACCAUUAAAAUUAUAGACUGAUCAUUUCUUUGUCAGUGGGCAAACGUACAAAAUCAGCAGGGGAUCAAAUACUUUUUUCCCUCACUGUAUUCUUGACAAGCUGGAAAAUAAAAGGGACUGACAGACACUGAUCAGCUCCAUUGCCUUCAACACACAUUGGGCUCUAUGGUCUCAUGUAAGAUCAAUAGUCAACUGUUUUCCAUUUGUCAACUUUGAAAUGGGUUUUUGUUCCCCUUUCAUCAGGGUCAUCUUACCCUGCAAAAUGAAAGAAAAUAAUAAUAAGAGCUGAGAAUAAUUCCUGUGGUGAUUUGGUAAUAUUAGGGGUCACUGUGGAAUCCAUUCCUCUACCCCCAGUGUAAACGCAGCUAGCAGCCUCUGGUUUGACAAUGCAGCAGCAGCAAUGGGCAGGCAGUCAGAUAGCGGUGGAAGCUGUGCUCCCAGGCAGGCAGCGCUGGGAUGCAGUGGAUUAUACAUAGUGAAGGGAGGGAGGCUUCAGGACCACACAGGAAAUAGGCAUGCCACUCUAAUUGGACUCAGUUCUCAUCCUCUGUGUCUAAUAAGGGACUGGUGUUGUUUUCUUUUCCCUCACAGCCAGUUAUAUACGUUUAAACAGUUUCUCUUCCUUUACCCCCUCAUGUGGAGUUUAAACAUAUGGCUAAACAUACACAGUUUAAUCUGCCCCUCGCUCUCAGGAUGCAUGCCAAGAAGAAAUUAGCUAUCAUCUGUGGAAAACUGACACCCCCACACGCUCACAAAGGCCACACAGUCAGGAAGCCCCUAGCUACUCAGUCAAUUCAGAAGAAUAAUGGAAGGAGCCUUUUUCUCAUUGAGAACCCAUUUGCACCCUCGCAGGGUUCAACCUCUAUCCUGAUCAGCAACAGUACAGCUUUAUCUGACUUGGCUGCCAAGCAGACCACCGCUCGUUCAUUCCCUGCUGUUAACUGAUUCCUUUAUUUUUCCAUCCACAGACACCAUGAACCAGGACAACAAGUCCAACUCAGCAGAGGGUAUUUUUGCCUCCAAGCCAGCGCUGUUUGCUGCCAUCGGGGCGGGAUGCGUCAUCUUCUUGCUGAUCAUCAUCAUCCUCAUCGUCCUGCUGAUCAAGCUGAGGAAGAGGAACCGCAAGCACACCCAGCAGCGGACCACCGCUCUGUCACUCAGCACGCUGGCCAGCCCCAAGUGCUCUGGGAACGCUGGCUCGGAACCCAGUGACAUCAUCAUCCCGCUACGGACUACAGAAAACAACUACUGCCCCCAUUACGAGAAGGUGAGCGGGGACUACGGCCAUCCAGUUUAUAUAGUCCAGGAGAUGCCCCCGCAAAGCCCAGCCAACAUCUACUACAAGGUCUAA